AUGAAUUUGGCAAGAAAGCUCAAUUGGCUAGAUUAUUUUGAAGAACAAGAUAGAGUCAAUCAAACCAAAGAUGGAGUCGCAUUCUCUAAUACUACAGGUACUAAGAGUUAUUACGUUUUUAUUUGCAUUUUUUACGAAUGCAAAGAAAACGGUGCAAUUUAUAUCAGAAGAACUAACGAAAUCUGCACAUUACUUGAAGAUAACAUAUUUACUAAAUGCAAAUCCACUUCAGAUGGUGGAUCUGUUUACUAUUACGGCUAUAAAGGACAGUUUGUUCAACAACGAAAUUGUUAUUCUGAAUCAAUAGCAACAAAUUAUUACAUGUCAUUUUAUCAACAAGUUAAAUCUUCUUCUACUAAUAAAAACCAUGCUUUUCAAAUUUCAGUUUCAAAAUGCGGAGAAAGUGAAUCAGAAGGAAGUGAAACAUUUAAUAUUGCAUGGGGAGAUCUACGUUUUGAGAAUAACAACAUCACUUACAACAAAUGCUGGGAAUAUUCAUCAAUAAGUUUCGUCCUUGAUGGAAAAUCAGGUUAUUGUAAUUACUCAACAUUCAGAGAAAACAACCAAACUGGAAGUUAUUCUCUUGUAUUUAACAGUCGUUCUCCUUCAUUGAUACAAACAGUUUCUUAUUGCAAUGUUAUUGGAAAUAAAUGCGGAACAGACAGUAACCAAGUUCUAUUUUCUUGUCAAUACAAUACUAAUGUUGAUCACUGCGUAUUUUUAAAUAACACUGCAGCAUAUAUGUUUUGGAUUUAUUGGGAAGGUUACACAUUGACUAUUACUGAUUCAUAUGUUCAAUCAAAGUCAAAAACAAGUACAGGAGGAAUUGUUACAUUUAAAAAUGAAAACAGUAAUUCUGAUCUAAAUGAGUUUCCCAAUUUUUAUACAAUUAAUUGUUUCAUAGAAUCAAAACAAAUCACAGUUUUAUUACCUUAUUUAUCCAGAUUUGCAGAAAAAUCAUCAAAUUUUAUUUCAUAG